CACCGGACGCAACCGCCUCGCCCGGAAGCCCGGGGCGCGUUUGACGUCGCCAUGGUGCCGGGCCUCGAAGAGGAGCUGGGCCUGGCGGGGCUGGAGCGAUGCCUCGUGGCGGCCAUGGCCUGGUGCGAGGAGAUGGGGCCAAGGGACCUGGAGGAGAUCGCUGAGGAGGACGUCUUCGAGGACUUCUGCUCCGCGCUGAAGCUGAAGCCUUUGGAGCGAAGGCGGCUGCUGAAAGGCCGCCUGGGAAGGGGUCGCGCUGGCUACGGAGGCGCGCCGAAAGAAGCCGCGGCGUCGGAAGCAGCCCCCAAGGCAGUGGGCCAGGCAUUUGUGGUCAAAAACACCUUCCUAGAGCUGGAUGAUGAUGAAGUGAGGACUGCGCUGCAGCGUUCCAGCACCACGCCCGCGCCCACGUCACCACUGGAGCCGGAGGACGAAGACGCACAGGAGGCAGAGGACGCUGAGGAGACAGAGGAAGCUGGGGGAGCGACUGCCAGCGCCAUCUACAAGACCUUGACCUUCGACUCUUGGGAGAAUGGCAAUGACUGGGAUUGGAUCCACCGCAACCAGCUGGAGGCUGUGAUGGAGCAGCCCAGCGAGGAGUUCGCGCAAGACCCGGAGGUGGGCGGCGGUUCGCCGAGUGCCGGAGCAGAGGUGGGUAUGAUGCUGAUCCCCAUGGAGGCCAUGCCCGGGUACAUGCCGAUGCCGGAGAUGUGCUUCACCCCAGGCUGCUUCGCCGUGCCCAUGGACCGCUUCGGGCGCUUUCCGGGGGUCAUGGACCAGCUGCCCAUCCCAGAUACGACCAUCGCGGACAACAAGCGAGCGCAGGUGUUGCAGCGCGCCUUCAGCGUCGCGAGCAAUGUCUACAGGAUUCGCUGGACCGUGGAUGCCAGGAAACUGAAGAGCACCGACAAGGAGGCGGUGUCCCCGCCCUUUGACCUCACCUUCUCUGGAGGCGCGGUGCCCUUCAAGAUGAUCAUGCGCCCCCGCGUGGUGGCGCAGGAGCGGGGCGGCGCCAGCUUCCGCAGGUCACGCGGACGUGGGAACAUUCAGCUGCGGUGCAUGGCUGAGUCGGACACCGACACCAAGCCAGUGGUGACUUUUCGCCUCGGUGUUGGCAGUGACAAGGCCGCCAAGCAGCUGAAGCCGCGGGGCCCGGUGCGCCACGACUUCUCGGAGAAGAACAUUUGCGGACUGCCUCGUGGGCAGGAUGAUUGGGAUUUUGGCAAGGCAGUGGACGAAAAGACGCAGACCUUUGUGGUUUGCCUCGAGAUCCUGUCGGGUGAAUGAGCAGUUUGGCUCAGAGCUCAUCCAAGGUGUCACCAGAGCAAUCGAAGAAAGCCGCGCGGA